UCGAAGUGUGCUUUUGUUUUUACGUCUCGCGUUCACACGUUUCGUCGCGGCAGCAAGUUUUUUCGGAAGAAAUUUUCAUAAAAUUCUGUGAAAAGCAGCGCUUCUCGGUGGUUGAUAAUUUUAUCAACCGGUGAAAAUGAGUGUGCGAAAAUCCGAUACACCGGGGAAAGGUCCCAGCGGGUCGCGAUCAGUGCCUUCAACGCCCGAAAAUGCCGGCUCUCGGCCCGUUCCGCCGAUCGAUGCCAGUCCGAUUCGGAAAUACACAGACGGCGGCCAAAAAUUGCUCCUCGAUGGCAUGAAAUCUGUACUGGCCCUACCGUCGGGCAAUUCCAGAGAUUUGUACGACACCCAUCCCUCGUUCGUCCGGAUAAUGGACGCCCAGGCCAACAAAGUGCUUCACAUGAUUUCCGACGUGCUGAAACUGCACGAAGUCAAGGGAAAUAUUGUCGUGCGCGAUCGGGAGGAAAAGUUCGAACUCCUGCAGGAGUUCAACGAUUCUAUGCUGGAGCGGAUAAACUCCAACCUGGAUGAGGUAGCCGGUAUCAAGAAAAAGCACGAAACGGUAUUGGUGCAGAGUGAAAUACAACUUCCAGCGCAACCCCGAGAGCGUCUCAGCGGCAGUUGGAACAACGCCAGUAGUAAAAAGACGGCAGCUCCUGCUUCAAUGGUUAAAGCUACACUCGUUACGGGGACGAACAUACAACGGCCGCAGGUCAAUUUUAAGGUUCCCGUAGACAACGCUGCACUUAAUCCGUUCGUACCAAAAAUCAAGGAGAAGCCAAAUUCCUUAAAACCGCUGGCAGUUCUUCCGGAGUAUGACGAAGCAGGAAAUAUCGUCAGCUAUCUGCAUCCGUACGAGUUCGAGCUCGAUAGAUUCGAGCCCACGAAGGGAGCCCUGAAGACGGUUGAACCUCAAGAGCCGCUGGAGCUAGAAAGCACGCCACUGGGCAUCAUCGACAGGGAAGAUCAACUACCCGGUCUUCUCAAAGAACUCAAAGCAGCCAGCGAGCUCGCCAUCGACUUGGAACAUCACUCCUAUCGGACAUACCAAGGCUUCACUUGUCUGAUGCAAAUUUCCACCAGAAGCAAAGACUACAUCAUCGAUGCGCUGGCUCUUCGGGAAGAGUUGCACGUCCUGAACGAGGUAUUCACGAAUCCAAAAGUGGUCAAAGUUCUGCACGGAUCCAUUAGCGAUAUCGAAUGGCUCCAGCGGGACUUGUCGUUGUACAUAGUGAAUAUGUUUGACACCGGAGAAGCGGCGAAGGUCUUGGAGUUCUCCCGUAUCGGCCUGCAGUUCCUGUUGAAGCACUAUUGCAACAUCGAAACCGAUAAGGCAUACCAACUGGCAGAUUGGCGCAUUCGUCCCAUGCCGCACAAUUUCAUCGAGUACGCCCGCAAGGACACCCACUACCUAUUGUACAUCUACGACCGGAUGCGAAACGAGCUCAUCGAAAAAGGGGCCAGCUUCCUGCCAACGGUUUACAACAGAUCUACCUUCCUGUGUAAGCAGCGUUACGUGAAACCGCUGAUCAACGAAGAUGCCAUCAUGAACAUCUACCGCCGAUCGAAGCAUGUGUUCGACCAGCGGCAGAUGUACGCCUUCCGGGAGAUUCUCUACUGGCGGGACAAAAUUGCCCGCCAGGAAGACGAAUCGCCCGGAUAUGUUCUCCCGCAGCACAUGGCCCUGGACAUUGCCUCCAAGUUGCCCCGGGAGAUGCAAGGAAUUAUCGCUUGUUGCACGCCAGUUCCUUCGUUGGUUCGGCAACAUCUGCACACGCUCCAUCAAAUCAUCUUGAAGGCGCGGGAGAUAUCGCUGAACAAAUCCGUUUCUGCGACCAUCGAACACCAGAAGGACACACGCCACAAGAUGCAGUCGACGUUCGAUUUGAACAAUCCCUUGUUUUGCCCCCACGAUUCAAGCCAGGGAGUCCACCUGGAAACCAAUCUGCCGACUCUGCUCGACUCCUCCAGCAAAAUUGGAGUGUGUGAGGAAGUGUUAGGCGGCAUGCUGAAGGACCAGCCGGACGCGGGAGUGUUUGAGGAAUCCAAAACGAGAACUUUAGACGAGAAGGGCAGGUUGAUACUGGAUGGUAGCAUGUCGGAGGAUUCCAAGAUGGUGAAUUUCAUCGAAAUGCACUAUCAAACCAAGCAAUUGGACGCCAACCAGAGCCUCAACGGUUCCGUGUAUCUAUCCUACCAGGAUCGUAAGUUCAACACUCCCUACGAAAGGCAUCUGGAAACUUGCCGUAAUCGGUAUCAAAAUGAGGAUGAACCCGAGGAAGAGGCGAAACCUUCGCCAAUGGUCAAAAAAGAACCAGACCAGGCCAUCGAGCGCACAUCGGUGAAGCCAGAACCCACCACGGAUUCCAAGCUACCGUUGAAGGCUCAAAAAAGACAGGAAGAGUGGGAAGCCAAACGAAAGCUAGUGCAGACCGAGUCGGCGGAUAAAAUCCGUUUCAGCAACUUUGAACCGCCGAAGAAGAAGGAAAAGACCGAUCGUCUCUCGAAAGGAGAGUUCCCGAUGCAAAUUAAACAACAAAACGAGCGAAACAACGUCGAUAAAGAUGCAGCCAGUGAGGAUGAUGAUGACGUUGAUGACGAACGGAACGUUUCCGGCCCAAGUAGCCAAAACAAUAGUUUCGCCAACGGUGGGAAAAAGAGUAAGAACAAAAAGAAGAAAUUCAAGAAACAGGGCAAAUCAGGCCAGAAAGAAUUCAAACAGAACUCGAACAAGCCGGUUCCGUUCGAUUAUGGCCAGGUAGAUUACACUCGCUUCCAGGGAGGUUCCAAACCGUUACCGGUGAAGGGCAAAGGUGGUAAGUUUUUUGCACGUAAACAAAGUCAGCAGGGUACUGGGGAAGGUUCUGCGGAGGGUGAGGGCUCCACUAUGAAAAAAGCUCUGCAUCCCAACAGUAGAAUAGCGAAAGGUAUCAAACAGAGUCAAAAGAUGUUCAACUUUAGCAGCAAUAAUUUACAGAAGAAGAAGUAAGGGAAUCUGUAUGAUCGAAAAAAAGAUAAUUUUGGUAAUUUAAAAUCUUAAAUAAAUAAGUAACAUUUAUUGACCA